AGUGUUUUUCUAAACGAGAGCUCAGAAGAGUGCAGCCAUUUCUUUCAUCGCACCGCCUCCUGCAUUUAGCGUUGUUUUGAGAGGAGUCUCUCUUCGUCCCUUACACAAACUUUCGGAACAAACGGAAGUUAUAUUUUCCUCCUUUUUUCUCGGCUGGCCCUGUCGCCAGCUGAAUCUUCGUCGGGAUGGACCCAGCAAGCCGAUACCAAGUGCUGCACAAUGAGGACGACUCCUCAGAGGCCUCCACCAGCGAUCAGCAGCCGUGCACCUCUGCCACAGUCCAGGCCAGCACGUCCCAGGAUCAGAGCCAGAGCCAGGCCAGCGCCGCCCCCGUCGCCUCCACGUCAGGAGAGGCUUCGGGAUCAAGGACUCAGGGGGAGGCGGAGGCACCUCCUCCUCCGUACGCCUCCAUCGACCUGGGAGCGACCGCUGCUGCACCAGAGACCAGUUACCGAGGAGACUUCCCGGUGCCUCCGCCCUACAGCGUCGCCACCUCGCUGCCCACGUACGAUGAAGCAGAAAAGGCCAAAGCGGCCGCCCUGGCUACAUCUACUGUGGAGGUGAUGCCACGGGAUGAUGAAUUCCCUCCCAGAGAUGAUUUCAGUGAUGCAGAUCAGCUGCGAGUUGGGAACGAUGGAAUCUUCAUGUUGGCCUUUUUCAUGGCCUUCCUGUUCAACUGGAUCGGGUUCUGUUUGUCCUUCUGUCUGACCAAUACCAUCGCAGGACGCUACGGAGCCAUCUGCGGCUUUGGACUGUCCCUAAUCAAGUGGAUCCUCAUCGUCAGGUUCUCUGACUACUUCACCGGCUACUUUAAUGGUCAAUACUGGCUCUGGUGGAUCUUCCUGUUGCUUGGUCUCCUGCUCUUCUUCAGGGGUUUCGUCAACUAUCUUAAAGUCCGCAACAUGUCAGAAAACAUGGCCACCUCUCAUAGAACACGCCUCUUCUUCCUGUAUUAAAAAAUAAAAAGGUUUCCACACCAUCACCAUUCCUUUCCAAUGUGAAGUUCCUUCCCUCCCCUACCCCCCUCGAAUGACCUGGGAGAGACCUUUGCAGCGAAGAGAGGAGACAGGGGGGGAAGGAACGAAGGAAAGAAGUAAGGGGAGAAAGCGUCACCAGUCUCGCAUAACAUAACUCGAGUCUCUACUUCCGCCCCUCCCAGAAAAACAAGCCCCUGAUGAUCAGAUCUCCUUCCUGGCUUUUGUUUUUUCAUUUUCCUUUGAUUCAAAAGAUCUUUAGAACUUAUCUUCACACAAUCUGCUCUCUCAAGGGUAGAAGAGCUGUUGAGAUACAUGACCUCAGUCGCAUUUACACUAUAAAUGAAAGCACAAUGAAAUCAAUUCCUCCAGGAACAAUACCAAUAGUAGUAAAAAAUCAGCAAUUUAUAAGUAAACUACUCAUUUUCUAUGACGUCGCUCGCCCUGUGUAAUGUAAAAAAAACGAUGACAGCAGUUUUAUUAGCGUAUUACUGAAUGAGAAAACCUCCGUCUGCAUUUGGAAUAUUAAAAUAAAAAGCGUGUAGGAAGUGGAAAUCUAUUCUGAGCGUUUGAUAUUUAAACCUCCUCUCCGACUUUGACUCGUUUCCUCUCGAGACUCGCGCGACAAAAAAGCAGAGGAUAUAUCUCCACAAUUAAAUUUUUUUUUUUUUUUUGCCAUUCCUCCAGCUUCUUUUUUUUAACAUUCAGGGUGUUUUGAACAAGUCUUACUUUAACCACGAUGUAGCUUUUCUUUUCUUUUUUAACCUUCAUUAACAUGUGUGGCUCGGCCUAAUAAAUGAACACCGCUGUUGUCGUGACAGUUUAACAGUGUGUGCCUCAACUCUUAAAAAAAAAUAACAACCUGAAAAUGAGAAGCAGAAAGGCUGAAAACAGGAGUUUACAUAUCAUAUCUACUCAAAUUUUACAUAAUCUGGGAUCCACUGAACAAAUAAAUCAAGAAGUUAAUCAUUUUAGAUGCAGUAAAAUGGUCAGCCAAUGAGAGAGGGUGAUAAAAAAAAAAAAACAGGAUACAUGCAGAAACUGCUUCCCAGAAAUAGCUUUUUUUCCCCCUUUCCCUUUUUUUCCCUUCAUUCCUGGCCUUUUAAAGUUACAUUUCAUCCUGACCUGAUAUGCAGUAGCAAUUUAUAUCCACGUAUCCAUUUACCAGCACCGAUCUCAGUUUGAAUCAAAGAAAAAUGAAAAGAAUGUCUCCCAACUCGGCUCCCUUAAAAAACCAAAAGUUAAAUCAUCUGUUCCGACCGUAUUUGACAGCACAUGCGCACGUUUCUGGAGGUCACUUCAUCAAGCUGCAAAACAUGAUAUAUGAUUUUCUUCUUUCUCCACACUCAUUGCCAAAUAUAUCUGGCAAAAAGAAAAAAAGUAUAUGUAAGGGUACCGCAGCUAAUCAGCGGAGCCUCCUUAGGACGAAAACAGUGUUUUUCGGACACAUACAUACACACACACACACACACACACACACACACACACACACACACACACACACACACACACACACACACACACACAGUGGCUGCUCCAGUAGGGUCAGUGGGAAUAAUGUGGCCCAAAGGCAGGAACUGUUGUCAGCCUCAUCUCCUGCUUCGGUGCUGUGGAAGUGGAGCAAAGCAUUUUUUUAACAUACUGUGCAGUAACUGUUACGUGCCAGGCGUGAGUUUAACUCUUUAGUCUUAUGCAAUUUUAGUUAACUUGUAAUUACAAUAAAUGUGGAUGUAAAGUCCUGUAAUAAUGACAUAGAUGUAGUCGGAUAGUUUUUUUUUUUUUUUUUUUUUUAUAGAUUGAGACAUCAGGUUCGGUCCAGAGUGAAGAGGUUGUACAUUUAUUUUUGGAUGAAGCUGAGGAUUCACAAAUGCAAGUACGGUACACACUUGCCAAUAAAAAGUCUUUAAAUUACCAGUUAAUAUUUUUUUUAAAAAGGUAACUGCAGUCUAUUUUAGCAAUACAAUACAAUUCUAAUGUGACUGGUUGUGCAUGUACUGCAUGAUUCUAAAGAAAGCCAACACGCAGAUCUUUCUCUCUGGGGUUUUACGGUUAGAUUAGAUUGUAAUCGACUUCCUUGUUUCUUUUCGUGGAAGCCUUCGGUCGCCAGAGGUGUAACGUACGUAGCGCCGGCACAGAGAGGAUGAGCACGUUUUCGUGGCGUAACAAACUCAAGAACAAUAUCAGCAGAUGUUGUCGAAGUAGGUUAAACGAAUAUUAGACGGCUACAGAAUCGGAGCCCGACUGGACAAAGAAAAACGUGCGCUUUUUUUUGUUUUAUUCGAUCAUUGUUCUCAUCCAGAAAAUGAAAAAAAUGUAUAUACCAGCUUAUGCCAAUUCAUAAUAUUUGCACUUUGAACUUUCUGUACAGUAUGAUUUGUGAAUCUGCUUAACUUGAUGUGGUGGGUAGAGAAAAAAAAAAAGAAGAAAAAACAACAUUAUUUUAGCCAUCCAAGUUUUUCAACUGGAAUUCUUAAAUCAUCCCAAAUGGAUAAUUUGCCUUUUUUGCACUUUUUACUUUACAAAAUUGAUAAUAUUGUUAUUGUGUGUCUUCUUUCAUUGCGUUUAGCCUAAACUGUGACAGCUUAAGUAUUGCCAAACUCUUCUUUUUCUUUUCUUUUUUAUGCUUUGUUUUUUGGACUGUGGUCAUAUCCCACUUUAAAGCCUCUUUCAGCAAUAUCAAGAUCUCAUGAUAAACGAAAGCUCCGCUGCAUGAUUUAUCCACCUGAACGAGUGGGGUAAUAUCAGGAUUAAACGACAAAUACAUUUCUUUGUUUGUACAUAAACGAAGAAGGAAAAAAAACCAGACGGCAGCAAAAAAUAAACUAUUUUUGUCCGAGAUAAUCCUUUUAACAUCCUCUUGAACUGUUAUGCAUUUAUUGUAACUGGAAUUCAAUUGACAAAUUAUGUCUUGCAAAAAAAAUGCCAAUAAAGUUCAAAAGCCUGCCAGGA